CCGCCGGUCAGCUCCGCGGCGGCUGCGGCUGCCUUCGCCUCCCUCUUGGUGCUGCUCGGCGUCGGCGGCGUCGGGCACAGAGUCGGGCAGAGCCGUGCGCCGGGCUGGAUGGAGCCGCCGCUCUGAGCGCCUUCCUCGGCGUCGAUCUGCGGCUGCCGCCGCCGCCGCUACCGGGAGGAGCCAGGAAGGCAGGCACGAUGCUGCCGGGGGAGCCGAGGACCGCGCCUCCGCCUCGCAGGAGCUGAGCAGGAGGAGGACGGCGGCGGCGGGGCGGGCUGGCCGGCCGGCCGAGCGGGGGCUUCUUCGGGCGACGACGACGGUGGCGGAGGGGAAGGGGCGCCCCGGCGGCGGCGGAUCUCAUCGGAGCUGCUCUUGCGCCGCCGGUCCGAGGGAUUUGCCUACCAUGACUGUAGCCGGCGUCUUCUGUCUCUUCCUCUCCCUCGACAAGGUGUUCCACGCCUGGGCUGGUCCUUCUUCCCUGGCUGCCCAGGAGCCACAUGGUUGGCGGACCCCAGUGGACUGCGUCCGUGCCAAUGAACUCUGUGCCGCCGAGUCUAGCUGCAGCUCGCGGUACCGCACCCUGCGUCAGUGCGUGGCUGGCCGUGACCGCAACACCAUGCUGGCCAACAAGGAGUGUCAGGCAGCCCUGGAGGUGCUGCAGGAGAGCCCGCUCUAUGACUGCCAUUGCAAGCGUGGGAUGAAGAAGGAACUCCUGUGCCUUCAGAUCUACUGGAGCAUCCAUCUUGGCCUGACGGGGGGAGAAGAGUUUUAUGAAGCUUCCCCCUACGAGCCAGUCACCUCUCGUCUCUCUGAUAUAUUCAGACUCGCUUCAAUUGUCUCAGGAAUGGAUCCUGCCACCAACUCCAAAAGUAACCACUGCCUAGAUGCAGCCAAAGCCUGUAACCUGAAUGACAACUGCAAGAGGCUCCGUUCAGGCUACAUCUCUACCUGCAACAAGUCCUACGACACCUACCGCUGCAACCGCCGCAAGUGCCACAAAGCCCUGCGCCAGUUUUUUGACCGUGUGCCCAGCGAGUAUACCUAUCGGAUGCUCUUCUGUUCUUGUAAGGACCAGGCCUGUGCUGAGCGCCGUCGGCAAACUAUUGUCCCUGACUGCUCCUAUGAGGACAAGGAGAAGCCCAACUGCUUAGACCUCCGGAAUCAGUGUCGGUCGGACCCUCUUUGUCGGUCAAGACUGGCAGAUUUUCACACAAAUUGUCAAGCAUCUUUCCAGUCACUUACCAGCUGCCCUGGGGAUAAUUAUCAGGCGUGUCUGGGUUCCUAUGCUGGCCUAAUUGGGUUUGACAUUACUCCUAACUACAUUGACGCUAGCACCACCAGCCUCAUUGUGUCUCCGUCAUGCUCCUGCCGGGGCAGUGGCAACAUGGAGGAAGACUGCGAGAGGUUCCUGAGAGACUUCACAGAGAACCCCUGUCUCCGAAAUGCAAUUCAGGCUUUUGGCAAUGGCACAGACAUCAGCCCUCCCCCCAAGAACCCCCCGUCACCUCCUGUCACCCACUCUCCCAAGGUGGAAAAGAGCCCUCCUUUGCCAGAUGAUGUCAAUGACAGCAACACCAUCUAUGACACAAGUAUGAUCACCACCUGUACCUCCAUUCAGGAACAUGGUUCGAAGCUCAACAAGUCCAAAGAGCAGAGUCUUUGCUUCUCAGAGAAAUCGCAGACCACUGAUCUCAUGCCAGAACAGAAGACAUUCGUGGACACAAAGGGAUCCAGCAGCCGACAUUCCAUCACAGGGACCCUCUCUGCUCUCCCUUUCCUCCUUGUGAAACUGGCAUUAUAAAAGAAAAAAAUGGAUUGAGGACUCCCAGGGGGGAACAAGUGAAACACACACAGACACUUUCACCCCCCCUUUCUCUCUUACACACACACACACACACACACACACUCCCACCUGCAAGAAUUCUCUGGCUCGUUCUCUUCUGGAAUGUCAGCUUUGGAGAAGGCAUAACAUUUGCAGAAGUUUGUGCAAGACAUUUUUAACGCUGCAAGAAGAGCUAUGCAGAGUGAGGCUUGAACAUGUGGGGAGACCCCAGACUGGGAAUUUUGACUAGUUUCUUUUCAAGCGUUGUUUGUUUCCAGUGUCCUAAGCAAGAGUCAUGUCGAAAGGGAAUCCAAGCUGUAUUCAGUAGAAAUGCAGUUGCCUUUGAAAGCAUCCAGAGACUGAUGCUGCUAUGUGGGAAACUUAGUGGAGCGUGCCCUGAAGAGUCUCAAAUGGUCAUGUUGCUCUGCAGGUCCAAAGGCAACAACCCCCUUGUCUAGACAUCCACCCUCAUCCAGUCCCUCUCUGCUGUUUUGGUUUCCCUUCUGCCCUAAGUCAAGUCUGGCUUUCAUUGAUCCCCAGAGGACCCACAGAAGUGUCUUAACUUUCCAGUGCAUCUUGGGGGAAUCCUUCAGUAGGAUGAAGAUUUAAGCAGGGCCAUGGUUCUUCUUCCGCUGUGGCAACUGUCAGGCUGGAAGUCCUGCCACCCAACACAGCCAUGCCUUGUGAAACAAGGAGAAUAUUUGCCAGUUUUUAGGGAGAUUCUCUUUCUACUGUUUCUUCUGCCCCCUUACAUACUGUUUUCUAAGGUUUUAAAAGUCAGAGGGGCACAAACAUUCCUUGUUAUAAAGUUGCCCCAGAGUGAUGUCCUUGGGGAAGCCUCCCCACCCUUCAGUUGGGUUCUGGUGGGAUGGAAGUAGCCAUAUGUGGCAGCCAAAUGUACUUAACUCUCUGAGUUCCCUCUCCACUGAUUAUAUACAUAUCUAGCAUAUGUAUAUAUAGAGAGACCUGUAUCUCCAUAUAUGUAUGUAUAUACAUAACCAUAUACAUUUACCGAAUGACUUUCUUUUCCUUUUUUUAAAAACGAUAAAAAAACCAACAAUAAUAUCAAGAACAACAAAAAUGUAUUAUUGUAAAGUUUAUUUUUUGUAAACAGUCUACCAUGGGAGUGGGGGGUAGGGAACCACCCCAGGGACAAUACACAGAUCUUCACUGCCCCAUUGACACUGGGGCACUGGCAAAAGAGAAGCAACCGGAAUGCUUAACCAAUAGCUGAAAUAAACAUAACAAAAUGCAAA